AUGCUUUCCGUCCUUGUCUUCAACGCUAUUCGACGGAAUCAGAAAACUGAAACCCGUUCACAACAAGCGUCCUCGGAGGUCAAGUUCGAAGGCUUCCACUACGAGCCACUGGAAGAAGGACAGAUACGACUGCUUCGAUUCUGCCCGCAAGAAGUGGACGAGCUGGACCUCUUUCGCGUUGAACUCUUUCAUGCCAGACUGAGCCAGGCGCCGGAGUACGUCGCUCUGUCCUAUUCAUGGGGCAGUGACGAUAGCGCACUGUCCAUCGAAAUCAUGGUAAACAAUCAGAAGUACCGUGUCUCGCAACACCUUGCAGGAGCUCUAGACCGGUUGAAGACGAACAAUAUUUCCGCCAUUUGGGUCGACGCUCUCUGUAUCAAUCAACGAGACAUGAUUGAGAAGGGCAAAGAAGUAACGAGGAUGUUCACUAUCUACCGCACAGCCACAGCAGUUAUCGUCUGGCUUGGACAAAAUGUUGACCUAGGUCAUGAUGCCGACAUGCUCGUCCAAAAGGUCCGGGAGUUUGAUCAACCUUUGGAGAAGCAUCAUCACAACCUGGAGAUAUCCCAGGCUGCUUUGCGGGCGCUGAAGCGGCUGUUGGCGCAGCCUUACUGGGGUCGUGUCUGGAUCAUUCAAGAAGUGGCAGCAGCGAGAAGAGCCUUUAUUUUCUGGGGCCAUAAUACGAUAGAGCUGCGGUCUUUGGAAGCACUAAUAAGAGAGUAUAGUGACUUGGUCGAGGGCCACGCCAUUAUCCCGGGAUAUGCCCAAACAGUUCUCUCUCUUCGUACUGCAUGCCGAGCACAGCAACAACCUCGCUUGCUGGAUAUAUUGGCGAUGACCAGUGAUUCAGAAACCAGUCAUCUGCGAGAUAAGGUGUAUGGACUUCUUGGGCUAGCAUUUGACUGGACGGUCUUUGUGCGGGAGCCAAAUUACUCCGCGAGCGUUUCUGAAAAAGGUCUUUGCUUGGAGAUGACGGUUGCCCAUAUCAGCUGGUACAGCUCGGCAGAUAUCAUCUUCCUACGCAGCACACAGCCUUCUCAAGAAGCAUUGCCAUCAUGGUGCCCCGACUAUUUCCACUUUCGGGUCCAUGACUUUGACAAGAAUAUGCUUUCAUAUGUCUGCUUCCGAGACGUCAAUCUGGGGUGGGAAAAACGGCGAGCGUUUGGAGCAUCGGCUAGGAUGAAUGAAAUCAUCCCUGACACAUUCCACAUAUCUGGCAACAGGCUGACUUUGAAGGGCAAUCUGGUUGGUCGGAUUUCGGCUCUAGGCAGCCUCAUGUAUGAAGAUGCAGGAGAUUGCGAGUUUUCGAAUGCAUUUCCAGCCAUGGAGGCCACGGCGACAGAAAUUGCCAAAGCUUUCCGUCGACUUCUUUUGCUAUGUCAUAACCAGACCUUUGGGCACCUCAGUGGGUUAGACUUCCUUACAUUGCUCUACGCACUCCCUGAGGAGGUAUUUGGGAAUGCCCAUUGCACCGGAUUGAAAACAUGGCUCUCCAUCCAUCAGGGUUUCUUCGAAGGAUUUGGUGUCAGAGUCAUACAUACGCCUAGCACGGAGGGAAUAGCUAUCAAGAUACGUGGAAUGUCGGAACCCUUCCUCGUCCGGGAUGAGUGGAGGGAGUAUUUUGGGUCGAAUGAUCCGAACACUAGGGCUUCGGCUCGUCGGAGACGUGAAUAUCCUCUGGACUCGGUGCUCAGAUCCAUAGAUUCCACUCUUCAGGAACGCCUUCGACUUAUGUGCAUCCGUGACCAGGCUCUCCUCGGUUGGGCCCAUCGAGAUGCUGAGGUAGGCGAUACCGUGUGGCACCUUGAGGGAUGUACUUUGCCAGCGAUACUCCGAAGGUCUCCGGCGUUAUCGCAAGACUAUGGAAUGGACAUAUAUCGCCUUGUCGGCCAUGCCUAUGUUGACCCGGUCAUGGCGAGUGGGCGGUGGAUAGCAAAGGAGCACAAAAGCCGCCUGGUUCACGUCUGUUGA